AUGGGCACGAGAAUCACGGCGCAAUCACAGAGCGCGCAGAUACGAGUGCUUGUCCUGCUCUCGGUGAUACUCCUAGUCGGGCUCUGGAUGCGCAGCGAUGGUCUCUCAAGAUUUCAUCAUAUUCGCUCAGUACAAACACGCUCUGGACAUCCAGUGGCAAGAUUGGUAGAAGCUAAUCAGGCACAUCUCACGAAAUUACAUUCUGAACAAUCUCGUACUUUGAAAGAUGCGCGCAAUGAGUACCACCGACGAUACCAUCGACAGCCCCCUCUUGGCUUCGACACAUGGUUUAGAUUGGCGCGGGAACAUGACUUUGUCCUGAUCGACGAGUUUGAUACCUUCAUGGAGAGCCUCGAACCAUUCUUCGGAGUACCACCUAAUGUUCUUCAGCAUCGUCUUCAGGCUGCAUUUGAAUUAGAGCCUGAUCGAUUUGGUAUGAUAAAGUUCGAGGAUGGCUCCGUCAAUAUGUCAGAAGGCGUCACGGGCCUGUUCAAGCGCCUGAUGCCACAUCGCGAAUGGGCCGAAUACAUCCCAUAUAACGUAACACUCUUAGUGAACGACUGGGAUGAGCCAAUGGUCAGCGUUCCUUUCCCCGAAGUCACGAAGGCCAAAGAAGCUGCUCAGAAGAGCGGCAUGGGCUGGCCCAAGGACAGCUCGGCAACCUCUUAUUCACCGUUCGACUUCAGCUUCAUUGAGACUGGAAAACAGAAUGGUUGGGCAGCAACGUCGCAAGCGUGCAGCAUUGAGUCACCCUCCCGUCAGCUUUCCUGCUCCUUGCCGAGCGUGGAGGAUCCGCUUAACUUCGUGACCGACGUGAAAAGUAGCAGGGACGUCUGUCAGAAUUGCGAUUUGCUAGCCACUCACGGUCUUCUCGUAAGUCCAGGCAACAUGCAUAUCGCUCACAGUCUCACGCCAAUCUGGUCAGCGAGCAAGCCUUCUCAUUUCAACGACAUCCUGUACCCAUCAGCGUAUUACGUCGGUGCGCGUGAUAAUUAUGAUUCUGACUUCGAUAAUGCAUGGGAAGAGAAGGAGUCCAACUUCUACUGGACCGGGAGCUCGACAGGAGGCUGGGCUACAUCAAGGACCUGGAACCACAUGCAACGUCAACGCAUGGUUCUCAAGACCAACAACCUCUCCGAGCCUAUUCAAUUACUGAAGGAAGUCUCUAAUAGAGAGUGGCAACCCUACCUCACGACAAUGGAUGAGGUGGCCGAUCACUUCUCGACACGAAUAACGAAUAUCGUGCAAUGCACAGAUGAAGCCUGCCAGACCCAGAAAGAGAUCUUUGGCAUCCCUGAAGAACAUCAUGACGAUCCCCAAGAAGCCGCCUAUCGCCACAAGUUCGUCCUAGACAUCGACGGAAAUGGAUUCUCCGGUCGAUUCUACCGGUUGCUACAGAGUCGCAGUGUUGUGGUCAAGCAGACGAUUUUCAGUGAGUGGCAUGAUGACCGGUUGAUACCAUGGGUUCAUUAUGUGCCUUUGAGCACGUUGUACGCGGAACUGCCGGAACUGGCACGGUUCUUGGCGACGACGGAGGAAGGGUUGCGGAUCAGUGAGCGAAUCGCGAGGGAAAGUACGGAUUGGCAUGAUAAGGCAUUGAGGGAUAUUGAUCUACAACUUGUUUGGUUGAGGAUGAUAUUGGAAUUUGGGAGAUUGAUGAAUCCCGAAAUGCAUACAUAG